UUGUUGGUUUGCUGAGGAAAUGUGAAUCCUGUUUAAUUUUCUUCCUUUUAUUCUAAAAUUUAAUUACACCUACAAACUUGUGUUAAAAACCAUGUCUAAUAACGAUCUACCGCUGCAUCUCCUUCAAGAACUACACAAUUUGACCGAAUCUAUCACGUAUCCAUUGAAAAGCUCACAACGUAUCAAGUACACAUGCUUUGAUGUUUCCAAGACAUUGAUAGCCUUUGGGGCAACAAGCGGAGGCAUCUACAUCUUCAACAGAAACCCUUGUGAGUUUGUACAGCUCAUUCCCAGUAAGGAUGGAGCCAUUACACGCCUGUCAAUAUCACCCAACGAGCAGCACAUCGGCUUUGCGAAUGGUAAAGGCAUGGUCACAGUGACAGAAUGUGAGCAGUCACUGAGUGGGGCCCACAAGUCCGUGUCUUCCAAGGAACAUAGCGGCAAUGAGGUGACAUACCUCAUUUGGAGUGGAAACUCCAUGCUGUUCUCUGGUGACGAUGUUGGGAAAGUGUCUGUACUGCAGUUGCCUACGUUUAUUACCAAAAGUAUGUUCCAGACAUCAUCGCAAACCAUCAUGAGUCUUGACUCGAGAAUUUGCCAACUUGACAUAAAAGAAAACAUGCUCCUUGUAUCCACCCUGACUCGAUGCUACAUCUGUGACACAGAACGGGAGCAGUACAGACAGAUCGGCCAGAAACUCAGGGAUGGUGAGUAUGGAGCCUGCUUUGUCACUACUGAAGUAAAAACACCUAAUGGAACAGUAAACGAAAAUGGGAAAGAUAAAACUACCACCGAAGUCAAAAAGUUUAACAUAGUGGAUGGCAAUGAGAUGUUUGCUGUUAAUGAAAAACUAGCUAAUAUGGCCAUAUUUUGUGCCAGACCGUCCUCCAGACUGUGGGAAGCUAGUAUAGAUGGCACUGUCAAAAGAACUCAUCAAUAUAAACAGGUACUGGCUAGACAACCAAUGAAAGUGCUAACAAAAGAAUCAUAUGACAAUGAGAGUGUAACAAUUGAUGCAUUUUCCAAAGAAACUGAAGGACAGUCUUGCAAUUUUCCAAAGAUAUUUUGUGUAAACAAUAACAGUGCCAUAGUUUCGUACAAAAAAGACGCUGUAUAUUUUCUUGAUUUACAUGACGUGAACAACUCCAUGUGGUUUAAUUCGUACAAAGAUAUUGUUGACUGCAAGUUGCACCAUGACAUACUUUACCUAUGGCUUCAGAACGGAUCGUUUGUAUGUUUGCGAUUUAUGAAAAUCGAAAAAUAUCUAGUAAAAUGCUAUUUGGACGAGAAAUACACUCUCUGUACCGUAUUAUGUUCUCUAUAUUCCAAUUAUCUAUUAGCGAACGACGCACUCUCUACUAAACUAAACAUUUUAGUUGGCCUAAGAGACAAAAUUACGGAUGAAGAUCGCUUAGAUGAUAUUAAACUAAUUAUAGAAAAAUUUGAUAGUCUGAAAGUUAAAGAUGCCACGCAAAUGAAAUCUGGUAUCUAUGUGGUAGACAAUACGUAUCACACGCAGGCUUGCCUUAGUGACGAAGAAGAUGGUACAAAUAACAGUAUUGAAAACAAAUAUUCCAUGGGACAACCAGAAGCGCUGCAAACUCUGAAAGACUUAAGUACAACAAUGACGGAUAAACUGAACUUUAGCAAGAAAUUUCUAGAAGAAAAAUGGAAGCACCUGGGAGAAAAUAGACCUGUAAAUAUAGAAACUACAACACCCGUAGUACAGACAAAAAUGGUUGAAUCGGAACCGGUUGAAAACAAACCUACAGAAGAUACUAAACUGAGGGAAGAUGAAUGUGAUGAAUCUAGUGUGCCAGUUGAUAAUGAUAUAAUUCAUAAAGAAUCUAGUCAAAAACCUAUUGAAGAAGCUGAUGUUGUAGAAAGAGAUAAAUCAAGAUUAGAAAGAGAUAGAGCAUGUAAAUCUUUGUAUCAAUAUUUUAGAAUAAGUUUGUUAGGCGAAGAAGCGAAUCAAAUGAAUUUAUUAGAUAUUAUUGAUAGUUGUGCCUGUGAUAUAAAAGAGAUCUAUCGCCUUAUAUUACUUUUUGAAGAAUAUUGCAUUACUAUUGGUGCGUUUGAAGAAGCUAAGUUUGCACCUAACAAUAUAUUCUUAAGCUAUCUAACUCUAUCCCCAAGAAGAGAAGAAUUGCUGGACCAAAUAAUCACAGAUGAAAUUUUGUACAAAUAUUUCGUCGAAUCUUGCAUAUCAGUUAAUACUAAAACGCAGAAUAUGUUAGAACUUGGAUGUGAUUGCGGGUUUCCGUUGCCAUAUGAAGGUUCGACCCAAGCACCAGUAUUUUCUGAAAUAAUUGAUGAAUUCAUUGAAAGACAAUGGUCCACACAAACGAAACAGCAAUGCUACGAUAUAUGCAAAAAAAUGCCAUACUCGUGGAGAAAAAUAUUAUAUUUAAGAAGGAACGAAGAUCUUAUAAGCAUACUGAGGUUACUACUCCAGAUGUUGGACGAAAAACUACUCCAUUCGUUUCUGCCUGAUUUCACAUUAGAAACAUGGGAUAGAGCUAUUCAAUUGUAUGCUGUAUUGCAUUCGAAUAAGUGUUUGAAUUGCAGUAAAAGUUUUAAUCACAUAUCUGUAAGAAACACACUCAGCUGGGAUGAUUUGGGAGCAUUAAUGAUCAAGUCUAUAGGUGGGAAAAAUGCUAUGAAAGUCAUGGAAAAACACGCUGAUCUGAUCGGUAUAGGAGAUAUAAGUAUGAAGUUUUACCAUACAUGCUUCAUGGUGACAUUGUAUGAGAAAUAUGACAGAACUAUCGUCACUCAGCUGACAGAUGCCAUCUACAGCUCAUAUGGAUUCGAAGAUGCCACUCAAGAGAUCUGCAACCUGCUUCGAAGCACAAUCAAUGGACAGCUGAAAAACACGGCUUUACCCCUUUUGGUAGCAGCGAAAUCCAAACACUGGGGACUUGGCAGUAUAUUUGACUCCAUAUCCUCUCAGAACAAAUCUGAAAACAAUAAUUUAGAGCUUAGAAUCGUGUCUUUACAAACUAUAUUGGAAAAUUUAUGUCUUAGUAAUGGCAACACCGAUUGUUCAUUAUGUGGGUUGCCAUUGGUAAAUGAGGUUUUAAUUAAAGAUGGCGGCCUGUGGGUUUUUAAGUGCGGCCACAUAUUCCACGGCGCAUGUUUAGAUUUGAAUAAAAUUAAAUUAUGUCCGUCUUGUCCUGAUAUUAAGUGAAUUAUUAAUUUGUUGUUUUGUACAUACAUGGUGCUCAAUACUAGAGUUAUGGAAUUGAUUUACCUGAUUGUUUUUAUUACGAAUGCCAUAUUUUUUUGUAUAUUAUUUUAUAUAAUGUUUUUUUUUAUUUUAUAUUUAACAUUAAAUUGAAUACCUACAUUAGGAAAAUUCUAAAGCCUUAAUAAUAAUUAUUUAAAAAAAAAUCAUCAUCAAAGAUUCAAAUCAUACAUUGUUUAUGUAAAGUAGGCAUUCAUUUAAUUUAUUAAACAGCUUUAAUCCUACUUUAAUAACGUGAGUAGAGUACCUUAAUCGAUGUAUAAAGUUUUAAGUUGCAUUUGCUUGUAACUUUUGUUUGUUUGUAAAUUCUAAUUUAGGUUAUCUGAUUAUGUUAUUGUGUACUUAACUUUGUUUUAUGUACCUACCCACUUUUCUUCUUACAGGAAAUAUAUCUCAAGAAUUAAUAAUGAA